AUGAACGCGACAAAGCGGAAGUUCAACGCCCUCCUGCAGGGAAUCGGCGCGAGACCAUCCUCACCUUCCUCGACCGACGCAAAGACACGACCUGUCGCCUCUCCUUCUCCAUCCGCAUCACGAAACUCGACGACCCUCAACAACAGCGCUUCUGAUCCGGAUCAAAGUAUGCCAUUCCCAAGUUCCAACAAGAUCGAUCUUCUCAAGCGCCGUAGGGUGGGCGCUCCAGAUUCCUCCCCAACCGCAGACUGCACCUCAUCUUUGGGCAGGGCUCCUACUAUCACCGCCCCAGGCCUGCCUACCGUCCUCUUGAGGAGGACUCCUGGAAACCAAACCAACAUACGCAAUGGGCCGAUUGCUCAGGACAAGACCCCGCUCACCACCCCACGCUACUGCCCCGGGGAUCGGGACCAGCUGAUCAAGCGCCUGGCCACGUUCCAAGAGCUGACCGACUGGACGCCCAAGCCCGACCGUGUCAACGAGGUCGAGUGGGCCAAGAAAGGCUGGGUCUGUAUGGGAAAGGAGCGCUUGCGCUGCACCCUCUGCAACAAGGAAAUGGUCGUCAAGCUGAACCGUAAGGAGGUGGAGGGCAAGGAGGUUCCGGUUCUUGUUGCUUCUGAGAUUGAGGAUGCCCUGGUGGAGAAGUAUGCCGAACUUAUGGUCACUGCCCAUCAAGAGGACUGUCUCUGGAGGGAACGCGGCUGCGAUGAUCACCUCAUCCGACUACCGCUGGCGAACCCUGCAGUUGCACUCGAGGCUCUACGUAAACGCUACGACGAACUCUGCGCCCGCAAGGAUUUCCUACCUUACGAAUUUAAUCUACGACUGCCAGAGAAGCUUGACCUUGAUUCCAUCCUACACAACCUGCCUCCGACUUUCUUCAGCGAUCCUCCGCCACCAGCAGCCCAACCAUCCACACCGAACCGGGCGGCUUUGGCGCUCGCAAUGAUAGGUUGGCAAGGACUCGAGAAUCCCAAAAUAGGUGCCGUACCCAACUCGGCCUCGUGCCAUACCUGUCUUCGCCGCUUGGGCCUCUGGAUGUUCAAGAGCAAGGAAGUCGACCAGACCACCGGUGCCAUCCUCGUCCCCGCCAUGAUGGACCACCUAGACCCGCUCAGGGAGCACCGCGACUUCUGUCCCUGGAAGAACGGCCACGCCCAGCGGAGCACGGGAGCCGGCACGUCGUCCAAGUCCAAGGCUGGACAGUCGCCUAGCCCAGCCGGCUGGGAGGUGAUGGUGCAAGUGAUCAAAAACGACUCCUACCUCCGCAACAGGAGUACAAAUAGACUUUUUGGGCAUAAGGGCUCCAAGAGUGUUGGCGGGCAGCCUGCGUCGGCGGAAAAGACACCUGCCCAGCCUACUACCCCGGUGCGGCCAACGACGAGCGGCCACCGUGUUGCGGAUUCGACGAGGGACAAUGACGAGGAGGACGAGGACGAAGCAACGCGGGACGCAAAGGACAAAGAGCGCUGGGCGAGGCUGCGCCGUGUCAAAAGCUUGUUCGAUCCCAAAGGCAAGAACAAGCUCAAGCGGUCGCAGAGUAGGCCCGGCACGGGGCACGGUUCGACACCGAGGCCAGACACCAGCAACGAACAGGCUGGUUAA